UGCAAUUGCGACACUCUGCAGUGGGCAUCUUUAUCGCAGCUUAUAUCAACUCGAGUUAUCUAAUUGGCAUCUUGUUUGCUUGUGAAGGAGACUGACAGGCUGCAAAAUGCGGUCAACGGUCCUUUCUGGGGCAGCGCUGUUGCCAUUGCUUCAGCUUGUCCACCCUGCCUAUGGUACGGCCUCAAAUGACCGUAUCUCAGAAUGCCAGAACAGAAACGGCGGUUCGGGCACCGGAGUGAACUUUAGCAAGAACGUGUACAAGACGGACUUUGCUGGAGUAACGUGGGACGAGGAUAAUUGGCUCCUUAGCACUACGCAAUUGAAGCAGGGCGCGUUCGAGGCUCGUGGCUCCGUUGCCAAUGGCUAUCUUGGCAUUAACGUUGCUAGCGUCGGCCCUUUCUUUGAGCUUGACACUGAAGAGAAUGGCGACGUCAUUAGUGGUUGGCCCCUGUUUUCGAGGCGGCAGUCAUUUGCAACUAUCGCCGGCUUUUGGGACUCCCAGCCUGUCAUGAACGGAACCAACUUCCCAUGGAUCUCACAGUAUGGCUCCGACACCGCCAUCAGCGGCAUUCCGCACUGGAGUGGUCUCAUCUUGGAUCUCGGUGGCAACACCUAUCUUGAUGCAACGGUUGAUAGCCGAACCAUCUCCAACUUCAGAUCAACCUAUGACUACAAGGCUGGAGUCCUGAGCUGGUCAUACAAGUGGACCCCUAAGGGUAACAAGGGAAGCUUCGACAUCUCUUAUCGUCUCUUCGCCAACAAGUUGUAUGUAAACCAGGCCGUGGUUGACUUGCAAGUCACCGCAUCCAAGAAUGUGCAAGCAUCGAUUGUCAACGUUCUCGAUGGCUUUGCUGCUGUACGCACCGACUUUGUUGAGUCUGGCCAAGAUGGAAACGCCAUCUUCUCGGCCGUGCGACCAAAUGGCGUCUCCAAUGUCACAGCCUAUGUGUAUGCCGAUAUUACCGGCUCUGGAGGCGUAGACCUGUCGAGCCGCAAGAUUGUACACAACAAGCCAUACGUGCAUACCAACGCAUCUUCAAUCGCACAAGCCGUCCCUGUCAAGUUUUCAGCAGGACAUGCUGUGCGAGUGACCAAAUUUGUUGGAGCUGCUUCCUCUGAUGCAUUCAAGAAUCCCAGACAAAUCGCCAAGAACGCAGCAGCAACAGCUCUGAGCAAUGGAUAUUCCAAGUCUCUGAAGUCCCACGUAACAGAGUGGGCAAAUGUUAUGCCAGAGAGUUCCGUCGAUAGCUUUGCCGAUCCCAAGACUGGCAAACUCCCUAACGACAAUUACAUCAUUGAUUCAGCUAUUAUUGCAGUCACCAACGCCUACUAUCUGCUGCAGAACACUGUGGGCAAGAAUGGUAGCAAGGCAGCCAACGGUGCCCCGGUUAACGUGGACAGUAUUUCUGUCGGUGGCCUGACCUCUGACUCUUAUGCUGGUCAGGUCUUCUGGGAUGCCGACCUCUGGAUGCAACCCGGCCUGGUUGCAGCUCAUCCAGAAGCUGCUGAGAGAAUUACAAACUAUCGUCUGGCGAGAUAUGGCCAAGCGAAGGAGAACGUCAAGACCGCCUUUGCAGGCUCCCAAAACGAGACUUUCUUCUCUGCAUCUGCCGCCGUGUUCCCGUGGACUAGUGGCCGUUAUGGAAACUGUACCGCCACCGGCCCUUGCUGGGACUACGAGUACCAUUUGAAUGGAGACAUCGGACUGGCUCUUGUCAACCAAUGGGUUGUGAGCGGCGAUACAAAGAACUUUCAGGAGAACCUCUUCCCCGUUUAUGAUUCCAUUGCGCAACUGUACGGCAACCUACUUAAGCCCAACGGAACCGCGUGGACAUUGACCAACAUGACUGAUCCUGAUGAAUAUGCAAACCACGUCGACGCUGGUGGAUACACCAUGCCCCUCAUUGCAGAGACGCUCCAAAAAGCAAACACAUUCCGCCAACAGUUCGGCAUCGAGCAGAACAAGACCUGGAAUGAGAUGGCAGCCAACGCCUUGGUUCUUCGCGAGAAUGGAGUGACACUUGAGUUCACCACCAUGAACGGCAGUGCAGUGGUUAAGCAAGCUGAUGUUAUCAUGAUCACUUAUCCUUUGACCUACACGACCAACUACACCACUCAGGAUGCUCUCAAUGACCUCGACUACUACGCCAACAAGCAGUCUCCAGAUGGCCCUGCCAUGACCUAUGCCUUCUUCUCCAUCGUUGCCAACGAAAUCUCUCCCUCUGGAUGCUCAGCAUAUACUUAUGCGCAGAACGCCUUCAAGCCUUAUGCUCGAGCGCCCUUCUACCAGCUCUCUGAGCAGCUCAUUGAUGACGCCAGCAUCAACGGUGGCACUCACCCGGCUUACCCAUUCCUCACUGGCCACGGUGGCGCCAAUCAGGUUGUCCUUUUUGGCUAUCUCGGUCUCCGUCUGGUGCCCGACGACUUCAUCCACAUCGAGCCAAAUCUGCCUCCUCAGAUUCCUUAUCUGAGAUACAGAACCUUUUACUGGCGUGGCUGGCCCAUCUCGGCAUGGUCCAACUAUACUCACACAACCAUCAGCCGUGCCAGUGGCAUCGCUGCGCUUGAUGGAGCGGAUCAACGCUUUGCUGGCAAGACCAUCACCAUCCACUCUGGACCUGAAGAAAGCCCCACGGCAUAUCACUUGCCCGUCAAAGGAUCAGUCGUCGUCCCCAACAAGAAGAUUGGCUCUCAACAAACAUAUGCAGGCAACUUGGUGCAGUGCAAUCCCGCCAGCUCGCCAAACGACUAUGUGCCUGGUCAAUUCCCCAUCGCAGCAGUCGAUGGUGCUACCUCUACCAAGUGGCAGCCUGCCUCUGCUGCCAAGCUGAGUUCUAUUACCGUCUCUCUUGAUAGUGAAGAUGUGGGAUCUCUGGUGUCCGGCUUUCAUUUCGACUGGGCACAGGCACCUCCUGUCAACGCCACUGUCAUUUUCCACAACGAGGCUAUCAGCGACCCAGCGACGGUGUUGUCACAGAAACACAACUCGAAUUACAAGAUCGUCAGCUCAUUGACCAAUAUCAAGCAGUCCAACCCGUAUGAUAUCAAGACAACUGACCUGAACGUGAUUGCCAUCCCCAUCGGCAACACGACCAACGUCACUCUGGCACAACCAGUGGCUGCAUCUCGAUAUGCAUCUCUGGUCAUUAUUGGUAACCAGGGGCUUGAUGCUGUAGACGCCGCGGCGAAGAACGGUACUGGUGCCACUGUCGCAGAAUGGGCCAUUAUUGGGCACAGCAAGGGACACACCGGCAAACCGGGUUCCCAUGGCAAGAGAAAGCUGAAUUUGCGCGCUGCUGCCGCAAUGUCUGACCCAGACAGCUUUGCGCGCCGCCGUUAAUAAACGUAUGUUAUGAUGUAAUCAGGAUAAUUAUGAUAACUUUGUAUGACUAGAUUAUUGGUGUAGAGUAAUCAAUAAUUUUUAACAGAACCAAGUUUGGAAUGGU